ACUAUCGUAUCUAUCAUCACCGCUGGCGCUGUCAUCAUUGAGGAAUGGCACGAUAUUGUUCCUUCGAUACUCAUAAAUUGGUACAAUGGCUGUGAAAAUGGAAGGGCUUUAGCCGAUGUCCUCGCUGGCAGAUCCAGUCCAAGCGGCCACCUUCCCUGGAGCAUGCCACGAGCAGAAGUCCAUCUACCUUCGUUUGACCCAGACGCCAACCAAGUUACUUACGACAAGUGGUUUGGUCAGAGGAUGCUCGAUAAGAUGGGCGUCGAGGCAGCUUACCCACUAGGCUUCGGUCUAUCAUACACAACUUUUGAAGUUGAGUGCAUUGACUUUGAUACUUCCUCAUUGGACGAGACUUUGAGUCUGCAAGUUGGAGCAAGGAUUUAUGGCUGCCCGGACCUAGGACCAGGUCAACACGACUUUCCAAACCGCCUACUUGCUGGAUUUCAGGUAGUUGAGCUAUCGGGACAGGAGACAAAGUGGGUGCAAGUAAAGACAUCUCUCGCUCCUUUUCGCCGUUGGGAAGAAGGCGACCUUAGGCUCACGGCUCGCUCGAUCCUGUUCCAGGUCGGCCAAUAUGCUGGAGACCAGAAGAGCUUGAGUCAUCGUUUUCACCUCAGAGGUGCCGAAGCUCGUUUAUAA